GCAGGCUGCCGGCCGGGGACGGAGCGUGGCGGCGUGUGUCCCCGUCUCUUCCUGGCCGCACGAGGCCGGUGCCGGCGCUCGGAUCGGCGCCGCCCAGGAGGCGGGGGCGGGAGCCCAGGCGGUGUGGCUGCGGGGAGGGGAGGACCCGGAGUACGGUGCCGGGCUGAGCGACCUCGGGUCCCAGGAGGCGACGCACAGGCUUCGAGGGGCAGACCCCGCCCGGAAGGCGGAGGGCGUCGGAUUUAGAGCCUCCCGCGGCUCGAGGCUUGGAGGAGCCGGGCGGGGGCGUCUUUAGGGAAACCGCGGAACCGCGGGCCGGUUGCGGGGGGCGGCGGCCACCACACAAAGGCUCCUCCCACGGUGACCACACUGGCUGCUUUCGUUUCGUCUCGUGACAGGUGCUUGGUUGGUCUGUCCUGUCACGGCGAGGUAUGAAUCGUCCUCGCGAGAUUUGUCCGCAGGGAGAGCGAGGCCGAGGGUUGACGUCCCGGGCUUCUCAGGAACCAGUGCCCUAAGGACUUGGGUGUGAGGGCCGCAAGAGCAGGGGCUCUGGGGCCAGGCUGCCUCCCUUCCCGAGCUCAUCACCCAGGCUGUAACCUCUGUUGGGCAAGGCUUAGGUCUUAGUUGUCUAACCUGUUUUCAGGAAGAUGAUCCAGAGGCAGUUUUGAGGAUGAGGUGCCAAGCGCGCGCACAGUAAGUCAGCAGCAGAGCUGACACCCAGGUGGCCUCCUGCCCGGCCCAGCACCAUGCACACCCUUGUGUUCCUGAGCACACGGCAGGUGCUCCAGUGCCAGUCAGCUGCCUGCCAGGCCUUGCCCCUGCUGCCACGAGAGCUCUUCCCCUUGCUCUUCAAAGUGGCCUUCAUGGACAAGAAGACCGUUGUGCUGCGCGAGCUGGUGCACACGUGGCCCUUUCCACUGCUUAGCUUCCAGCAGCUGCUGCAGGAGUGUGCCCACUGCAGCCGGGCCCUGCUGCAGGAGCGGCCUAGCACAGAGAGCAUGCAAGCCGUGAUCCUGGGGCUGACUGCCCGGCUCCACACCCCGGAGACUGAGGCUGGCACACAGCCCCUCUGCAGGAAGCACGCGCUGCGGGUGCUGGACAUGACGGGCCUCCUGGAUGACGGCGUGGAGCAGGACCCAGGCACCAUGAGCAUGUGGGACUGCACAGCAGCUGUGGCCCGCACGUGCAUCGCACAGCAGCAGGGCAGGACUGCAGAGCCCGGCCUGGCCCCCAUUCCUGUGGAGGUGCGUGUGGACCUGCGGGUGAACCGGGCCUCUUAUGCAUUCUUGCGGGAGGCACUCCGUAGCAGCGCGGGCAGUCCACUGCGGCUCUGCUGCCGGGACCUGCGGGCUGAGGACCUGCCCAUGCGCAAUACCGUGGCCCUGCUGCAGCUUCUGGAUGCAGGCUGCCUGCGCCGCGUGGACCUGCGCUUCAACAACUUGGGCCUGCGAGGCCUGUCCGUCAUCAUCCCACAUGUGGCCCGCUUCCAGCACCUGGCCAGCCUGCGGUUACACUAUGUGCACGGGGACUCUCGGCAGCCCUCUGUGGACGGCGAGGACAACUUCCGUUACUUCCUGGCCCAGAUGGGCCGCUUCACCUGUUUGCGGGAGCUCAGCAUGGGCUCCUCUCUUCUCUCGGGGCGGCUGGACCAGCUGCUCAGCACCCUGCAGAGCCCCCUGGAGAGCCUGGAGCUGGCCUUCUGUGCCUUGCUGCCUGAGGACCUGCGUUUCCUGGCACGGAGCCCCCAUGCUGUCCACCUCAAGAAGCUGGACCUGAGUGGCAAUGACCUGUCCGGCAGCCAGCUGGAGCCCUUCCAGGGUCUGCUGCAGGCAGCAGCAGCCACGCUGCUGCACCUCGAGCUGACCGAGUGCCAGCUUGCCGAUACCCAACUGCUGGCCACACUUCCUGUGCUGACUCGUUGUGCCAGCCUCCGCUACCUCGGCCUCUACGGCAACCCGCUGUCUAUGGCGGGCCUCAAGGAGCUCCUGAGGGACUCGGUGGCACAGGCCGAGCUGCGCACGGUGGUGCACCCUUUCCCGGUGGACUGCUAUGAGGGCCUGCCCUGGCCACCGCCUGCCUCUGUCCUGCUGGAAGCCUCUAUCAAUGAGGAGAAGUUUGCCCGCGUGGAGGCUGAGUUGCACCAGUUGCUACUGGCCUCAGGCCGUGCCCACGUGCUCUGGACCACAGAUAUCUAUGGGCGCCUGGCUGCAGACUACUUUAGCCUGUGAUCUCCAGGCUCUUGGUGAGAGUUAGGCUGUCCUGGGGUCCAGGGCUGCUGGAGGCCUCUUGCUCCUUGGGUAGUCAGAGCCUUUGGGACCUUGCUGGAGGCCUGACACGAAGGCACUAGUCUCUGAUUUCUUUGCUCCUUGAGCAUGCCCAUGCUUUUUGCAGUACCCUGUGCAGUUUGUCCUGCACUUGCUCCCCUGACUCACCAUCUGCAGGCUUGAGGGCUGGAUUUCAGGCCUACAUGGCCCUGCCUGGUUUGGCAGCACUUAGCUGCCCUCCGGUGUCCUGGUUCUCUCCUUGGAAUGUUCCUGGGAUCUAUGAGCUGAGAGAGGAUGUUUUUUCCUUUGGGCCCUCCCCAAGAGCAGACUGCUCUGGGGUGGAAGUUUGGACAGGGGCCUGCUUCGAGGAGGGUUGGGCUCCCAGGCACUCGGGGGCCUCUUAACGUUCUCCUUUCCCUGGCACACAGGAGACUGCCUGUCGGCCGGGUUUGGGGGCCGGAGGGUGUCUUUAAGGUACAAACGUGCAGUGUGCUUAGAACUUAAAAUCUGUGGCUAUUUUUUAUGUC